AUGCUGAGGACACUGCGCUUGGAGAACCUCUGUCCUACUGUGCGUCUGGACCAAUGGCCAGACCUCCCUGAGAAGAAAGAGCACAGGUUGGAGGAGCGAGAUGUGCGCUCUGUGCGUCUCUAUAAGGCGGUGGUCGUGGGAGACCUGAUAGAGCUGUGCAGACUCCUGCGCAAAAGCUAUGUGGAUGUUGAUGUGUUUUACAGUCUCAGUGAGGAGUUGGAGUGGCAGGCCAGAGCAUCAGGAGGGUUGUACUGGUGUUAUUCAAUUGGAAGUUGUGACAUUUCUUGGUCUUUCUCAUUGUUUUCUACAGGUCUGUGGUCUCUUGAGUACAAGCGGGAGCUGACCAGUCCCCUGUGCAUUGCAGCAGCGCAGGGCUACAGUGACUGCCUGCAGUACCUCCUGGAGCAUGGAGCCCAUCCCAACCUGGUGGCCGGGGGUCGGACAGCGCUGCACGAGGCGUGCAUCAACAGCACCACAGAGUGUGCCGAGCUGCUACUGGCACACGGGGCCAACGCUAACCAGCUCACCGAAGAUGGCCUGUCACCCUUGCACUUGUGCAAAAAUGCACAAUCACUCCGCUGUGCCAAACUCCUGGUGCGUCAUGGUGCCAAGAUCAACACCCUUAGUGAGGAGGAUGAGACGCCCCUGCAGGUGGCAGCCAGACAAGGCCUGUACCAACACGUCCAGCUGUACCUGCGCUACGGUGCCCAGGUGAACCACCAGAACUGCUCUGGGGAAACAGCACUCUGCGCCUCCUGCGGUGAGGCCUGCUACGACACCGACGACGAGCAGGAGAGCUACCUCCAGGUGUGCCGUCUCCUGCUGAAGUACAGGGCGAACGUAAACAAGGCAGACAUUGAGCGGCGAACCCCUCUGCACAAAGCCGCGCGGAACGUGCAGCAUUGCCUGGUGGAGCUGCUCCUGGAGCAUGGAGCUGAGAUUAAUGCGCUUGACUACAACGGGUGCUCUCCCCUGUCUAACGUGCUGCAGGUUGCCGAGAUGAAGAAGACGUACCAGCCACAUACUGUGGUGCAGAUGUUGCUCAACCACGGUUCCAUUAAGGUGUGGCCGGCAGUCCUGCUCAAGGUCCUAGCUUCUUGUGCAUCAGCACCAAAAACUGUGGAGAUCAUGUUCAACUCCUAUGAUAUGGUGCCUGUUACGUACAAAUGGAUUGAGGCCUUUCCAGAGGAAGCAUAUCAGAUGCACCAAACCUUUUAUGCGUCCUUGUCUGCUCUUGAUAACAAACCACGCAGCCUUCAGCAUCUGUGUCGGUCGGUGGUGCGGAAGCAUUGUGGGGAAGACUGUCACACCCUCCUUCCUCAGCUGCCCAUUCCAAACCUACUGAAGAACUAUCUCCUGCUGGAACCUGAGGGCAUCCUUUAUUAG